AUGGCAGCGUCAUCGCAAUUCAAACAACUAGAGAAACUCGGCAAUGGUACAUAUGCCACCGUGUACAAGGGUUUGAAUAAGACUACUGGCGUUUAUGUGGCCCUCAAAGAGGUCAAACUUGACUCCGAAGAGGGGACACCAUCUACAGCAGUGCGUGAAAUUUCUUUAAUGAAAGAACUAAAGCAUGAAAAUAUCGUAAGGCUUUACGAUGUUAUUCACACCGAAAACAAAUUGACACUAGUUUUCGAAUUCAUGGAUAACGAUUUAAAAAAAUAUAUGGAUUCUCGUAUCGUGGGCAAUACCCCUUACGGAUUUGAAAUGAGCUUGGUAAAGUACUUCGAAUGGCAAUUACUACAGGGCGUGGCAUUUUGUCACGAAAAUCGUAUCCUUCAUCGCGACUUGAAGCCCCAAAAUCUCCUAAUCAAUAACAAGGGACAGUUGAAGCUGGGGGACUUUGGUCUAGCAAGAGCAUUUGGAAUCCCCGUCAACACGUUUUCAAGCGAGGUAGUAACGCUGUGGUACAGAGCACCUGAUGUGCUAAUGGGGUCCCGUACUUAUUCCACAUCAAUCGAUAUCUGGUCUUGUGGUUGCAUCUUAGCAGAAAUGAUCACCGGGAGACCAUUAUUUCCAGGAACGAAUGAUGAAGAGCAAUUGAAACUGAUAUUUGAAACUAUGGGAACGCCCACAGAACGUACUUGGCCAGGAAUCUCAAAUCUGCCCAAGUACAAUCCUCAAUUGCCACAACACCUACCCAAGGAUUUGGGAGCUCUAUUGCAAAGCCAAACAAGAGAGAAGAUGGAUCUCACUCUUAUCGAUCUUUUAUAUGGUCUCUUACAAUCAAAUCCGGACCGUAGGUUGAGUGCCAAGCAAGCAUUAAAUCAUCCGUGGUUUGCAGAAUACUACCAGUGA